ACUCUGUGCCGUGAGCGAUUCCUGGCCAUACGCUGUCGGAGGAAAUUAUUCGCCGCGUUGAGUGCGGUGAGUGAAACGGUUUUGCCUCGCUUGUCGCAAUCGCAAAGAGCGUUGUCGCGUAGCCGUGUAGCGCAACGGCGUGAAAUUCUAAACUGAAUUUAGAGAGGGCUAGUGACAACGGAAAACAUAACCAUCAGCCGUAACAGUCUUCGCUAGUCGAGCUGUGUGCCAUUGUGUUCCCGGCGAAGUAAACCUUCAUGGAUGAUGUCCGGAAAGUGCGGCUCGUUGGGUCACUCAGGCUAAUUGACGCAGUGCGAACCUACUAAUAAUAAUGAGCCAAGGACCAAUCGGCAUUAUUCGGCGCAAGAAAAAUUAAACAAAUUCGCGCUAGAAGAAUCCUACCAGCGGCGUUAAUGAGGAAUUUUCUGCUCUGGACCACAAUGAACAGGCCUGUGGUUAAACGCUACACGCUGGCGCCGCUGAUUGCCGGCAUGUUCAUCGGAUUCGCACUGACGUACACUAUGCUCACAUCACCGGAUCUUGGCUACAUGAUGCACUAUGGCGACCCUCACUACAGCCACCAAAUCGCUCAUCUCCAGGGCCCCGAGGUGGAUCCGGGCACGCACAAUCACGACGAUGAAGACGCCUCCGUGGCGCAGCAACUCGCUGAAGAAGUGCGCGUGUUGUGUUGGGUUAUGACCGGCCCUGCUAAUCACGAAAAGAAGGCGCGACACGUGAAGAAUACCUGGGGCAAGCGCUGCAAUCACUUGCUUUUUAUGAGUUCCACAGAAGAUUCUUCGCUGCCAAGCGUUGCUUUGCCCGUUUCCGAGGGGCGAGAUAAUCUUUGGGGUAAGACUAAGGAGGCUUUUAAAUACGUAUAUCUGCACUACCACGACAAAGCCGACUGGUUCCUCAAGGCUGACGAUGACACUUAUGUUGUCGUGGAGAACUUGCGCUACAUGCUGAAGCCAUACGACAAGGAUCGGCCCAUAUACUUUGGGUGUCGUUUCAAGCCAUACGUAAAGCAGGGGUAUAUGAGUGGCGGUGCUGGUUAUGUACUGAGCAAAAAUGCUUUGAAACGUUUCGUCAACGUAGCUCUGCCAAAUGCAACUCUGUGUAAGCAGAGUAAUAGCGGUUCCGAGGACGUAGAGAUUGGAAAGUGUUUAGAAGCAGUUGGAGUAGAGGCAGGCGACUCACGAGAUGCACAAGGUCGGGGCCGCUUCUUUCCUUUUGUGCCCGAGCACCACCUUAUUCCAGGGCACUCACCGAAGUCCUUCUGGUACUGGAAGUACAUUUACUAUGACUCACAUGAGGGCAUGGAUUGCUGCAGCGAUAACGCGAUAUCAUUCCAUUACGUAAGCCCUAACCAGAUGUACGUAUUGGAGUAUCUCAUCUACCACUUGCGGCCAUACGGCAUCACCUACACAAUUCCGGUCGGCGUGCACGGUGCCCACAGCGAUAAGCGGUCGCCGGACGCGGAGGCGCCGCCAGCAGACGCUAGCAGCUCGAUCCGAGGCGAUUUCUACAAGGAGAACCAAGUUACCACAUAGUCGCGUUUGUUACGCUUGUUAGAUACUACCUAGUUAGACAUCACAACACUCGACUGGAAAUUUUUACUUUAGAUGUGCUCGACCCUCAUAUGUCGCUCACCAAACCUGUGAUACUCUACUAGGUGAGAUCACUGACUAUCUACAAUUUAAUGACGAAUCUUUCAUUUCUACUAAAUCAAUUACUAGUCGGUGGGUUACCAAAGAGUAAACUCUUAUUGAUAUCACGUUUGUCAUAAUGUUUGAUCUAGUUAAGCGAAUACAGAUUGUUUGAUUUCGUUCUGUGUGUAUGCGUGUGGAUGGGUUUGUGUAUAUGUGUAUGGCUGUGAGAAGAGUGAUAAAUAUUAAAAUAUCGCACUCGCGCGCUUUAUUUACUUACCAAAAUAAUGCAACCUAGUAGUCCGCGCGUUUGCUGUGUGCAAAGAGUUCAUCGUUGAUAAAGUAAUCAAAACAAUUAAUAACUGAUUAAAUUUGAAUAGGUCAUAAUCGCCAUAGAAUGUGCGCCAUAAGUUGAUCAUUAUGUUACAUUCCGUCAGUGCUAAAAAGCUGCAUAUACGUACGCUUGCGUUGUUUUAUAAAAUGAAAUAUAACCAACUCAUUCACUGGCAAUAAAAUUUUGGAAGAAA